UCGGCGUCAGAGGGAAAUGGCGUCCGUUCCGUGUGGGCUGCGUCCGUGCGCUUCGCGUGCUAAAUAAGCAGUUCAGCCACCAUGAACUCAGGCAGGCCACCAGCCACCUGGGAGGCUGGCCAAGCAGGUGCAGUGCCGUCACAGCCUGGAACAAGUGCCGCUCCAUCUCUGCCUCCACUCUCCACACCCAGCGGACCUCCGAUGGCCGUGGCCGGCCCGAGCACCCCAGUUCUAGCUGCUCCCCCGCCCAUCCCGGGCGACACCCAGGAGCUGCCCCCGGAACUGGUGGCGCAGGGCUGGCGGCGGCUGUGGUCCCGCAGGGAGAACAGACACUACUUCUGGAACCACCUCACCAACCAGUCACUGUGGGACCUGCCGCCGCUGCAUGGUGGACGGCAACAGUUUGACCCGGUGUCCGACCCACUGGGCAUCAUGGGUCAGCCGGGUCAUCCGGGUCAGGGCCUGAAGCGGCGCGCCUCGGAGGAGUUCGGCGGACCGGUCACCAAACGCAUCCCCAUCGUCCAUGGUCCAUGGGACCUGGAGAUUCCGACCAACGCAGUCAUCUUCGAGCGUCCGCCCAUCACCACUCCACACCCACACCCGGACAUCGAGAUCAUGCGCGCCCAGCUGACCAACAAGCUGCGGCAGACCUACCAGGAGCUCUGCCACUCCAGAGAGGGUGUGGACGCCCCGGUGGGCUCGUUCAGCCGCUGGCUGAUGGAGCGCAAGGUGAUCGACUCGGGCACCGACCGGCUGCUGCCCUCGCUCUGCUACCCCGAAAUCUCCAUGUCCAUGUACCGAGAGAUCAUGAACGACCUGCCCAUGAAGCUGGUGAAGCCCAAGUUUACCGGCGAGGCGCGCAAGCAGCUCUCGCGCUACUGCGAGGCAGCCAAAAAGAUGAUUGAGUCGAGGACGGCCAGCCCGGAGAGCCGUAAGAUCGUCAAGUGGAACGUGGAGGACACGUUCCAGUGGCUGCGGCGCACAGUCGGAGCCUCGUUCGACGACUUUCAGGAGCGGCUGCAGCACCUGAAGCGGCAGUGCCAGCCGCAGAUCACGGAGGCGGCCAAACAGUCAGUGGAGGCCAUCUGUUUGAAGGUGUACAACCUGUCGGCCGACUACGCCAAAAAGAUACACGAGAAACACUGGGAGCUACUCAAAGAGCACAACAUCACAGAGAUUCACACGUCUCUGACGGUGGAGAACCCGCGCAAGGUGUGGUGUUUCCCGAUCCAGUACGCGCUGCCCUCACCGCGGCUGCCUCAGAUCGAGUACCUGCAGGACAAGGAGACCAUGAUGCUGCGCUACAAGGGAGAGGCGCUCAAAAUCAACACGCUCUACCUGCAGAAACUGGAGCAGCUGUACCGGUACAGCUGCAUCGAGGACCGCAAGCUGGACUCGUUCCUGACGCGCGUCUGGUGCAUGCUGAAGCGCUACAACACGUUCUGGGCGGCGACCGGCGGCGGGGAGACUUCGGCCACACAGGCCACGCAGGCGGCGCUGCCUCUCACCGUCCUCGAGUGUCUACACAAAAACUUCGGGGUGACGUUCGAGCUGUUCGCCUCGCCGCUCAACUGCUACUUCAGACAGUACUGCUCCGCGUUCCCCGACACAGACGGCUACUUCGGGUCACGGGGGAUGGUGCUCGACUUCAAGCCGACGCACGGCUCGUUCGAGGCGAACCCGCCGUUCUGCGAGGAGCUGAUGGAGGCGUGCGUCACCCACUUUGAGCGGCUGCUCUCGCAGACUGCCGAGCCGCUCUCGUUUGUCGUGUUCUUCCCGGAGUGGCGCGACCCGGCGCCGGCGGCGCUCAGUCAGCUGGAGGGCAGCAGGUGGAACCGGCGCCAGAUCGCGCUGCCCGCCUUCGAGCACCACUACCGGCACGGCUUCCAGCACGUGGUCAGCAGCGGGUGCGGUCUGUACGUGCCGGCCGCUGUCGUGCUGGCGGCACCCUCCUACCUGCGGCCGAGCGAUCCUCUAGACCCGCUCCGACCCUCUCCUGCCGACUCACCCGAGAGAGCGGACUCGACCAUGCGCUCGGGCAACGGCACGGUGGUGGUCUGGCUGCAGAACGACGCCGGCCACGCGCGCUGGGCGCCCACCAAGGAGCGAGUGGACGCACUCGCCGACGCGUUCCGACCCAACAAGGAGCGCCAGCGAGACCGGCAGGACCUGCUCUCCCCCGGCCGCAGGGAGAGCGGCAGCGCCGGGGAACACGCGCCCCCGGCGGCGGCGCCGGCGGCCGGCGCGCCGGGCCCGGCCCCGGCGGCCGCGGUCAGCCCGCCCGGCCCCCCGGCGCCGGGCCAGACGCCGUCCGUGCCGCCGGCGGUGUCUGCCGCGCCUCCCUCCACCGGCCAGCCCAGGCCAGACGUGGUGUCCGCCUAGGACCAGCAUCGGUGGAAAGGGAGCUCGUAUGUACAAAGCACACGUGCCAGGCCGCGGCUUUUAUCGUCUGCGUUUUAGUGGAGUGGUUUGGUCUCGCUGUUUUGGGCUGGGGGGUGCGGUGUUCGCGGAAGAGGGUAUAUUUUCACAUGCAGUGUGUCGAAUUAGUGACGUAUUAGCAAGAUGAAGGGUUACGAGUGUGGAUGACGUAUUGCCUGUGUGUCCGAGAUAUACCGUCUAUGAGUGAUUCGAACCGGGCGCUGUCUGUCGCGCUUGGGUUGCGCGAACAUGGCCUUACCUGACACUAGCCUGUUCGCUGUUUCACCGUGUGGUUGUGGGGUCAGCUGUAGGUCCAUACAUGUCUCAUAGUAGCUCGCAGUCAACCACUAAAACAUACCGAUGCGGUGAGCGGUGCGUAGCGCGUCCCAAGUGAACCUGUCGGCGGACGGGGCGGUGUUUUGUGGCCGAGACCGGACCCGAGCUUCCGAAAGGUGUCGGCUGUUUUCUGCAGCGGAGAUCCAGUCCCGGCGAUCAGAGGCCCACCCGUGACCGUGAGGGCCUCUGUCAGUCCAGUUAACCCGACAGUGAACCGUGUGGGGUGCGGUCGACGCCGGUCACUCGGCGCUCCGAGUCUGCCGCGGUACGUGCCGUCAAUCGCUGCUCGCGCCAGCACGCCUCUCGCCCUGUUUUAUAUUUUUACACUGAAGCCUGUUGUGUUUUAUACGUCUGCUCGCAGCGGAAGCGGAAAGAGCGGUAUGUGUUGGCUGCGUGGGAAAUAGUGAGACUAGGGAGGUAGGGGCGUAGGAGCUGGGUCUCGCGUCAGGGAUGGUACUUCGGGCCCGCUCGCGAGCGCGCGAGUUUGUUUUGAUACGGUCUGCUUGGUUGGCACACCGCGAAGCGCCCGUCGUGAUGUUGGAUUUGUCAUUGGAUUGGAGAGUCGUCGGAAUAUGCAUUAUUUCGACCGUGUUCAGCAUUACCGUUGUUUUCCAUUGCGACGCCGAGUGACUGCCUGUGCUUUGUUUCGCAUAUUUUUGUGACAUUCAUUUCAUUUGAAGUUAUUUUAGUGCGCGUUAGAAUAGUUUUAACAUAUCACUAUCGCAGGGUGGCUCCGAGCGCCCGGUUUUGUUUGGCAUUGCGUGGCUCUGUGGUGCCCCGAAGGCUACAGAAGGCUUCUCCUCUCAGUCUGUGCAGCUGGCGCGCACGCCGAUGCAAUUGACGUGCCGUUUCCCCUAUCCACCAGAGUCGUACCGCGGCGUGGGACUCUGACCGGCGGCCGCGCAACACCACCGUCAGGUCACCGCCACCUCCUGUUCACUGUUACACUGUUUCGGCGCAUGACAGAAGAAAUAUAACCUGGGUCUCAUGGCGUGAUAAGGUGA